AUGGCGGAUGAUAUUAUAAAGGACCGCGGCAAUCGGCAGCAGCCUUCAUCUUCAUCAUCAUCGUUUUCGUCCUCAACGGAAGCAGAAGCAGAAUCAGCAGCAGCGGGUGCAGUAGAGCCCAUACUUGCUCUACUGCGCUCGGGCGCGUCGUUCAAUCAGUCAAGCGGUACUGCGACUGAUGUGUCAGCGCCGCCCACAAAACAUCCGUCAUUCUACAGCAGCUUCAAUAUAUCUGAGGACAUAUACUAUUACUUCAAUGGUUUCAAUGUUGCGCAGACGGAAUCGCCGCCGUUGCCCAUCAGUACGGAGAUAGCACUAGGAGCCUACAAUGGCACUAUGACUACAUUGACGCCUUUGGGAAGCAGCACAACACGAGAACCAGAUUUGUCCGAGUUUCUGGAGGCGCUGCCAAAUGACCGGGUCAGUCUGUUAGUCUUUCUAUUUCUCUUCUCCUUUGCCACAGUCUUUGGCAAUUCGUUGGUGAUUAUGGCGGUUAUAAGGGAGCGUUACUUGCACACGGCCACUAACUACUUCAUCACGAGUUUGGCCGUUGCUGAUUGUCUUGUGGGUCUGGUGGUCAUGCCGUUUUCAGCGUUGUACGAAGUGCUGGAAAAUACUUGGUUUUUCGGGACAGACUGGUGUGAUAUAUGGCGUUCUCUAGACGUACUUUUUAGCACGGCCUCCAUACUAAAUCUUUGCGUCAUUUCUCUUGAUCGUUACUGGGCCAUCACAGAUCCCUUCAGUUAUCCAAUGCGUAUGACUGUAAAACGUGCCGCGGCGCUAAUUGCCGCGGUAUGGAUCUGCUCAAGCGCCAUUAGCUUUCCGGCCAUUGUUUGGUGGCGAGCAGCACGUGAUGGUGAAAUGCCAGCCUACAAGUGCACCUUUACUGAGCAUUUGGGCUACUUGGUCUUUUCGUCGACCAUCUCUUUCUAUCUGCCGUUACUCGUGAUGGUAUUCACCUAUUGCCGGAUCUAUCGAGCAGCCGUCAUACAAACGCGUUCGUUAAAGAUCGGCACCAAGCAGGUACUAAUGGCCUCUGGGGAGUUGCAGCUCACGCUUCGCAUUCAUCGUGGGGGUACGACGCGUGAGCCCCAGACGAACACGCACCAGGUUCAAGCAGGCGGCGCUGGUGGUGGCUCCUUAAGCCAUUCUCAUUCGCACUCUCAUCAUCAUCAUCACAACAAUAGUGGAGGAACCACCACAUCCACGCCGGAGGAGCCAGACGAUGAGCCACUAUCGGCACUACAUAACAAUGGAUUGGCGAGACAUCGCCAUAUGGGUAAAAACUUCUCCCUAUCGCGUAAACUGGCCAAAUUCGCCAAGGAGAAGAAGGCGGCUAAGACGCUGGGCAUUGUCAUGGGUGUAUUCAUUGUUUGUUGGCUUCCAUUCUUUGUCGUUAAUCUGCUGUCGGGUUUUUGCGUCGAGUGUAUUGAGCAUGAGGAAAUUGUCUCGGCUAUAGUAACGUGGCUGGGCUGGAUAAACUCAUGCAUGAAUCCCGUUAUUUAUGCCUGCUGGAGCAGGGACUUUCGCAGGGCCUUUGUGCGACUUCUUUGCAUGUGUUGUCCGCGAAAGAUUCGCCGCAAAUAUCAGCCCACAAUGCGUUCAAAAUCCCAGUGCCACGUUGCAGCCGCUAUGGUGGCCGCCUCUACUUCCUUUGGGUACCAUUCGGUCAACCAACUGGACCGCACCAUCAUGUGACGUCAGUUGAGCAGUUGCAGCACCUGCAGCGGUAGCAGCAACUGCGGUGGCGUCGGCGGUGCACGUAACCACAAUCACCAUCAUCAUCAUCACUCUACGGUUGUCACGCCAUCUUCUUCGCAGCGUUCGUGCACAAGGUGCCAAAGUUUUCAUCGCCAUCAUCAUCGCACCCGACGUCGUAGCUCAGGAAUGCAGCUCGGACGUAGCCCCGACUUCAGCUCCACAUCGGCAAUGAGUGGCGCGGCAAAGACGCUUGUGACCAUUACAGCUCCGCCGGUGGCGGCUGCCUCGGCAUGUUCAUUGCACUUAGGGAACAGCAGCGUACGUCCUUCGUCAGUUUCUACGCUAACUAUCGCGUCGGUUCCACCUUCGUUAUUACUGGAGCCAACCCUAGCAGCAGCUGGAGCUAUUGCCACUGGAUCCGUUAGUGCUGCGGCCACUCCGGUGGCGCCUUCUUGUAGUAGUGGCUCCAAGCACACCACAUUUGCCCUCACACCUACCACUACGGAUCCACGAUCAACGUCAUCAGGUCAUCAUGUGUCGUUCAUGCCGAUUUCCGGCAAGCGUUCUGUAAAGCGGCUACGCUCCUCAAAUUCAUCGCUGAGCUCACCGACAACAGCAACCGCUACAGCCUCGGCACCCUCGCUUAUCGAGGCGCAGCAGGAGCAGCCUCAUCGCGUUUUAGAGCUUCGUCAAAGCGUGCAAAGUCAGAUAACAACGCUGGAGGAUGUUGACGACAUGGAGGAUAUGCAAGCAACCGAGUGCAAUGAUAGCGAUAGCGACAGCGUCGGGCUAGCUAUGGUCCAAACCACGCCUCAAUUAGAGAGCCAUGUGCCCUUGUCGAGUUCCUCAAGCUCCUCGGUGAAGUAAGCUCGUUCCCACAAACUAUAACGCUCUUAGAAAUUAGCUGUAACUCUUUAUUGUAUAUAGAAGCAUAUCUUUGCAUCGCAUAGUUUCAUGUUAGCGCAUUACGUGAUAAUUAGUUGGCAUAGUAAGUUUUCAUAUCUUAGCUCUUCCAUAAAAAGCACGAUAUCAGCAGGUAGGCUUCA